AUGACAAGUGCGGACGAGUAUAAGCAACAAGGGAACGCUGCUUUUGUCGCAAAGGACUACGAGAAAGCUGCGGAGCUAUUUGGUAAAGCGAUCGAUGUGUCGGAACAACCUAAUCAUGUGUUGUAUUCUAACCGUUCUGCAUGCUAUACUUCGUUGAAGAAAUUUGCCGAAGGUUUGAAGGAUGCGGAGGAGUGUGUGAAGAUCAAUCCCGGUUGGUCUAAGGGUUACAACCGUGUAGGGGCUGCACAAUUUGGGUUGAAUAACUUGGAAGAUGCUGAAAAGAGCUACCAAAAAGCUCUAGAGUUGGAUUCAGCAAACAAAGCUGCCAAGGAAGGGUUGGAUCAAGUACUAAAAACUCGGGAAUCAAGACAACAAAUGCCAGAUUUAGGGUUGGGACAAAUGUUCAACGAUCCAAAUAUGAUUGAAAAGUUGAAGAAGAACCCAAAGACUGCUGAACUGAUGAAGGAUCCUCAACUGGUAGCCAAGCUGGCUCAGUACAGAACGAACCCUCAGGCUAUCAGUCAGGAUUUAUUCACUGAUACUCGUUUGAUGACCAUCAUGGCUGCAUUGAUGGGUAUUGAUUUGAAUAUGGGAGACGCAAAUGGUCCCGAAGCGGCCAGUGGAGCUAAGGAAGAGCCUAGGGAAGAGCCAAAACAGGCUGAGGCCAAGACCGAAGAACCUUUGAAGGAGAAUAAUGAACCAGAACCAAUGGAAGUCGAUGAAAAAGGCCCUCAAGUCGCAGCUGAAGAGGAAAAGGCUGAAGGUAACAAGUUUUACAAGGCAAGAAAAUUCGAUGAGGCCAUUGAACAUUACAACAAGGCCUGGGAGUUGCACAAGGAUAUCACAUAUUUGAACAAUCGUGCAGCUGCUGAAUAUGAAAAGGGUGAUUAUGAGACCGCUAUUGCAACUUUAACUAAUGCUGUCGAUGAGGGUAGAGAGAUGAGAGCUGAUUACAAAGUGAUCGCUAAAUCUUUUGCACGUAUCGGUAAUGCUUAUCAUAAACUGGGCGACUUGAAGAAAUCUAUCAAUUUCUACCAAAAGUCUUUGACUGAACAUAGAAGCGCAGAUGUUCUAAACAAGUUGAGAAAUGCAGAGAAGGAAUUGAAGAAACAAGAGGCUGAAGAAUAUGUGGAUCCUGAAAAGGCAGAGGAAGCUCGUUUAGAGGGUAAAGAAUAUUUUUCCAAAGCAGACUGGCCAAACGCCGUCAAGGCUUACACAGAGAUGAUCAAGAGAUCUCCACAGGAUGCUAGAGGCUACUCCAACAGAGCUGCUGCCUUGGCAAAAUUGAUGUCAUUUCCAGAAGCCAUUGCUGACUGUGACAGAGCUAUCGAGAAGGAUCCAAAUUUUAUCAGAGCAUACAUCAGAAAAGCAAGUGCGCAAAUUGCUGUUAAGGAAUUUGCCGCCGCAGUCGAGACUCUAGACACCGUUCGCACCAAGGACAGUGAAUUGAACAACGGCGCCAACGCCAGAGAAAUCGAUCAACUAUACAUUAAGGCAAACAAUCAGAGAUUCCAACCAGAGGAUGUAAACGAAAAUCCAGAGCAAACCUAUCAGAGGGCUAUGAAGGAUCCCGAAGUCGCUGCUAUCAUGCAAGACCCAGUAAUGCAAAGUAUCUUGCAACAGGCACAACAAAACCCUGCAGCUUUGCAGGAGCACAUGCAAAACCCUGACGUCUUCAGAAAGAUCCAAACUUUGAUCGCUGCUGGUAUUAUUCGUACGGGCCACCGUUGA